AUGCAAGUUGGUGAGACGGCAGAGGUGCGAGAGCGCCGGAGAGUUCAAAAUCGCCUCGCCCAGCAAGCUUUCCGCGCCCGCCAAAAGAUCAGGGUCGAGGCGCUGGAAAGCGAAUGGGCACGGUUGCGACGACUGCACGAGGACCUGAACGAGGCUUGCUCGCAACAGGCCACGGAGAUCAAGCAGCUACAAUCGCGAGUCGAGGAAUUGCUGCGGGACAUUGAAGUGCUGAAGGCGACUCAGGAAUUUGAGAGGAAUUGGUCUUCACCCCCGACGACGCCAGAACAACAGUAUCGCCUGGCAAGUGUGCUGACGGUGGCUGAGGCCGAACUACGAAAUUUCUUCAUCGAGGGUGGGAUUUCGGACUUUCCAGAGUUUCCAGAAUCGUUUAGAUCACAUUACUCUAUCUAG